UGCACCACUCCGUCUAUGUAUUUAUGCUUUACUGUGCACUUGUAGUCGGCCAUUUUAUUUGACAAUCGACCCUCUUCUCAUCCAUACACCGUGUUUUUUUAGUCUCGAAUUUUCGUUUCUCAUCUCUUCGGCUUUCCAAUCUUCAUUUUGCAAUACUCGUUAGAGUUUCUUGUUUCCACUUUGACGAAGGCAUCACUGUCAGUCCUUCAUUGAAUCAUCUCCACGAAGUUGUUGAUUGUUGUGUUUCGGCUCAAUACUGUGUAGCAAACGUUAUGGCGCAAAUCAAAGACGAGAAAAUUAGUGACACGUCGUUAAACGGGCCAAAUGCACACCAUGGUCCCAAUGCUAACCACAAACCGAAAGAAGAAUUCCACGGUGGUGGCCGCGGUGGAAGAGGAAACCGCUUUCAACCGUACGGUGGACCGAAUAGAGACCGCAAAGGUGGUCCUCCGAGAGACAACAAUAUGCCUAGAGGAGAUUUUCGCAAUGAUAGUAAUCAUGGUGAUAAUCAUCAAGGAGAUAAUGAUGUAAUGAAUAGAGGCAGUCGCAAUCAUUCGGAGAGUGGAAGAGGUGGAAGGCGUGGAGGAGGUGUAGGUGGAGGUGUCUUUAGAGGUGGUCCACCUAAUCGAGGUGAUGAUCGUUUAACUAGAGCUGAUGCUCUGUGGAAUGAACGUUUAAUGCAAAUUAUGGGCCCAACUCAUGAGAUUCCACAAACUGAUACCACUGAAAGAAAGUUCCUUAGUCAGUGUCGUCUUUAUAUUGGAAACUUAGUGGAUUGCUCUGAAGAAGAAUUGAUAGAAAUGUUUAAACCUUAUGGAGAAGUUUCUGAAAAUUUUUUGAAUAAGGAAAAAAUGUUUGCGUUUAUUAGAUUGGAUUAUCGUACUAAUGCAGAAAAAGCCAAAAGAGAAUUAGAUGGUCAAAUGCGUAAAGGGCGUAUGUUAAAAAUCAGAUUUGCUCCCAUUGCUGCUGCUAUCAAAGUAAAAAAUCUUACUCCAUUUGUUUCCAAUGAACUUCUAGAAUAUGCUUUUUCAAUAUUUGGUGAUAUUGAACGUUGCCAAGUGAUGGUAGAUGAAAGAGGUAACUCAACUGGUGAAGGUGUUAUUGAAUUUUCACGUAAAAAUGCAGCAAGUAAUGCUUUGAAACGUUGUUCAGAAGGUUGUUUUUUUUUGACCAGUUCACUUCGUCCUUGUGUAGUUGAAACUUAUGAGUUUGUAGACAGUUCAGAUGGUCUUCCAGACAAGUUAUUGCCCAAAAAAACUAUGGAUUUCCAGAAACAAAGAGAUGUUGGUCCAAGAUUUGCUAAUCCAAAUUCCUUUGAACAUGAAUUUGGUACUCGUUGGAAACAAUUAGCUGAAUUGUAUAAAAAAAAAGAAGAAGCUUUAAAACGUGAGAUGAAAUUAGAAGAAGAAAAAUUAGAGGCUCAAAUGGAAUAUGCUCGUUAUGAACACGAGACUGAAAUGCUUAGAGAACAAUUGCGCCAACGAGAAAUGGAUAGAGAACGACAAAAAAUGGAAUGGGAAAUGAAAGAACGUCAAGCAGAAGAUCAAAGACUUAGAGAAGAAGAUAUUUUCAGAAGACAGAGUGAAGAUCUAAGUAUGCGAAUGCAUCAUCAAGAUGAAGAGAUGAGGAGGCGUCAACAAGAUAAUUCAUCAUUUAUGCAGGACCAUAGAGGACCGGGUAAACCACAGUUUGAUGGACCGCCUAUUCCUGUAGAAGGUAUGUUUGUUCAUAAACUCAAAGCUUUAAUUGUACAAGGAGGAAUGGGUGGGGAAAGCCAAGUGGCAAAUCAGGAAUCAACGCCGUUCGUGGAAACUUUUGUACGUGACAAUCAAGGAGUAUUGCCGCCACCAGGCCUUUUCGACGCUGGCCCUAGAGGAGACAGGGGCGGACGGUGGGGUCAAGACAGACGUAACGGCCAGGAUCGUAGAAGAUUUUAAUCUUUCAGUGAUUCUAAGAAUAAACAGAUAAUAGAACAAAAAAUUGAAGAUGGAUAGUUAAAUGUCUUUAUUUAAAGCUAAAAUGAUUGUCUACUCAUCAUUGCAACAUACAUAACCGCUUAUGUUUCUCGACAUAGGUUAAAACUAAUUUUGGUACCUAUCUUAUGGAUUAUUUAAUAUAGGUAAAAUCUCAUUUUUAGUCAACUGUAUUUUUACAAUAAUGCAAAUCAUAAUUUUUAUUUUCUAUAGUCUUCUACCCCAAAAUAGAACAAUUCUGAUAAUUGAAUGAUGGAUUGCAUUUUUUUUUUCACUUUUUUCACAAUUUCUUUUUUUUAUACUUUUAUUGCUGAUAGACUGUAUGACUAUUUAAAACGGCAGUAUUUCAAUUACCCAUAAUAAUAAUGAUAGUAAUUUUUAUAUGAUUUUAUGUUAUAAGUGAUUUUAUAUUAUUCUUGAUACUAAAUUAGUCAAUGGUCUUAAAAACUAAACUAAUUUUUUUCUUUUUAAAUCGACUUCGGAAAUUAUUAUUAAUUGCGCUGAAUAUAAUAUAGUAUUAAUUUUAUAGGUUACUUUGCUAUAGGCAAAUCUUAAUAUUACCUCCUAAAUCAUAACUUAUGAAUAACAUUAUGGAUUAUUUACAAAUUAAUAUUAUAGUAGUUUUGUGAUGAGAAAGCCAAUUUUUCUAUGGAUUUCUUUGUAGUAAUUAAUUAAAUGCAUUUUGGUAUAGAGUGUACACAAAUAUUUGCUUUUAUGAGAUUUUAUAUAUUCUCUUAAGAUGUUUAAUUGUAUGAUUAUAAUAACAGUUAGGUAUACUAUAAUGGACUACAUUAUACAAUAGUUCUUAAUUAGGUAGAUUUUUUAUUGUAUUUUUGAAUAAAAUACUUUUAAAUAGUUGUAAUACAAAGUAAUUGAUUAUCAGUUAUAAGUAAACGUUGAAAUCAAUGACUAUCGUUAUUUUUAAGAAAGACAAUGGGAAGAAAUAUGUCGUAUCGCGAGUGAAACUUUGUAUUUUUUUUAUUAAUAUAUUUAAAUGACAACGAUAAAAUAUAAAGAUUGAUCUAUGCAACAGAAAGAGAAUAUAAACUAAAUAUACUUAAAUUUAAGUAAAAUAUUUAUAAUGAACCAUUUAUUAAUUUUUUUUCUUGUGUGUUAGUGUGUGCGUGUGUGUUGUGUGUAGAUCAAUUUCAAUAUAAUCAUAAGUACAUUUAGGUGCACGAAAUAGUUUAUUCAUUUAAUAUAAUUAUACAUAUAUUUUCCUAAUUAUACUUCUUACUAGAAUUAUGACUUGGUGUUUGAUAUUUUAAUCUAAGAAAAUAAUGUUCAAAUAAGAAGUGACCUCAAUUGUACAAACUGGGGUUAGCUGACUUAUUUAAGUAAAAAAAAAAAAUUAAUGUUAAACUUAAAUUUAAAUAUAAAUAUAAAUUCUUAUAUCUUGAUGAAAUGUACCUUAUUUUUUUCUACCAUAUUCAGUAUUUUUCUCUUGGUUUGAAUAAUAAUAGAAACUUUUUUAUUUUUCAAAAUUGUAACAAUUAUAUGAGUUAAUUUGUUACGAAAUUACUUAAUAUGAUGUAUAAAAUGUAAUAUUACAUACUCAUCAGACUAAAAAUAUUUCAAUAAUGAACCAUAUUUUAGGAUCAUAUGAUUUGUAGUAAAUAAUAAAUGUUGUAUUUAGUUCAGAGGUGAAGUUUGAUUUUCUGCAUCAAUAUACUUUACUUGUUGAAAUAAAAUCAAACUUAGGAUUAGUAUUUUUAUAUAAAAUAUGUACUAUGAAUUUUUAAUGCACUUGCUGUAGUAAUUCUUGUACCUAAUUUGAUGUUUUAAAAAAUGAAUACUAUUUAAAAAUAAUAGUAAUCAUGAUCAUAAAUUAGUCAAACGAAUUGGAAGUUUAGAACGCUACCAAUAGCCAGUUUAUUUGUCAUAGGCAUAGGUGGUCGAUAUCAAUAAAUUUACGAAUUAAUAAGAGUAUUAUAUCAAAUUAACUAAAAUAAGAAUAUAUUAUUUAUAUUUGAAAAAUAUAAACUCAAAGAAAAAUAUUUCUGGUUCCUCGAAUUUACUCAUCUGAGUUCUGGCUACUUGUAGUAGGUAUAUUAAUAAGUAUUUGUAAGAUUAACUGCUUUCCCUAAUCUUUUAUCCUAUUGAUUCAAUAAUUUAGUUAUAAACCUGUAUUUAUAAAUAAUUAUGUAAUGACAAUUUAUAUUUUUAUAAAUUGUUCAAAAUACAAAAUUGAUUUAGAAUUAAAAUAAAAUAAGUUAAUUAUUCUAUUAAUUAUUAUCCAAAAAAGUAUUAAACGCAUAAAUUAAUCAAAAAUUAUGAAUGCAAAUAUAGUAAUAUUUUGAUAUUCAGUUAUUAUUUAUUAAUAGAAAUAAUUAAUUUUUAAUAGUAAUCACAUGAUAUAAUUGUAAUGACACAACUGUAAUAGUAUUUUAAAUUUUUGUUACCACAAUAAUUAAUGAUUGAUUAAUGAGAGUGCAGGUUCAUGCAUAUUAAUAAUGUAAAUUUUAUAAGUAAAAAUCUUGAUAUACAGAUAAACAUAAUACUUUAGACAGCAAAAUAUAUUUACCUAUUUUAUCAAAAAUAUCAACUAAUAUUUUGAAUUAUUGCAGUACAUAAAGAAAAGGAGGAUGUAGAUUUCUAAGGCAGGACAAAUUCUCCAUAGGAUUAUCACUGGCCAUAGGUACUUAAUUAAUGAGAUGAAUAAUUAACCUGUUUAUUUACCACAACAAUACGUACAUCAGAUUCUAUUAUUUAAAUAUUUAUAUAUAUCGGGAGCGGACUGUGUAAAUUAAAAUUUAAGUUACGUAAAAUAAAUAUUCUAUUAAUAGUAUAGCUGAUGUUUGUAUUUUAUAGGAGAGGGGUUAAAAUCAUCCUACAAAAAAUAAUCCGAUCAAUAAUUUAAAAAUUGAUAUUUUUAUUUUUUUAAAGUUUAAUCUUCUCCCCCCCCCCAAAAAAAAAAUAAAAAAAUAUUACAACUAAUUUUAACAGAAAAAGUUAAAAAUAUUAAUAUUUUAGCAGUGGACUAGCUAAUCAUAUUACACAUAAUAAUUAUUAUUUUAGAUAUGUUUAAAAUUAUUUCAGAGAUUUGGUCAAAAAUAUUAAGUGAACAAUUUUCCACUAAAAAAAAAAACUUAAGAAUUGGUGUUUAGUUCUAAAAUUUAAAUAUUAAAUUACGGGUUUAUUAUUGCCAGUUUCUAGACACAUAAACAUGUUAAGGGUUUUACUUAAAAAGUAUUUAAUUUAUCCUUUGGUUAAUGUUCAAUAAUUUCGUGCUAAUCUUAAAUCAUUUAUUCCUUUGAAAUGACUUGAUUUGUCCAUGAUAAAUUCCAAAUUUGUUUUGCAUCUAGUUUCUGUUUGCAUCUCCUAAUAUAGAAUUUGGAACAUACAGAGGCCAUUCAAAUUGACCAUCGAGAGGCAACAGUGUUUUGUAUUUAUAUAACACUUUUAAAAAAUGACGAAGAAUUUAAUUCUUCGUUAAUUUGAUCUGAAGGUAUGUCUAUGAAAAUAUUUGUGAUAAGUACGUUUAUAAUUUUAACGAAGGUGAGCAAUAAUUACCUGACAAUCUUCAUACUAUUUCAUUGGUACUAAAUUAUUAAAUCAGAAGAUAAGACAGUUUUAUUUCAAUUAUAUUAAUUUUAUUAAAAUUAAGGUAUUAUAAUUAUAAUUAUUGUUACACAUUAUUUAUAAGAACGUCGUAAAUGUUAUUAAUAAUACAUUGAAGAUUGCCUGGUUUUAUACUUAAUAUUAUUUUAAUAUUCUAUGUAUUUUCAUAAUUUUUCAGCAUUCUCAAUAUGUCAACAUUGUGGUUUAAAACUUGAUGUAGGCAGUUCAAUUGAAUAAUUGAAUCAAAACAAAAUUAUAUAAAUAAAAUAUUAUUUUAACAAUAACUUUUGUGGCAUUGUAUUGAUUAAGUUGGCCGGUUAAAGGUAUUAAAUGAUAAUAGUCGCACGAGACACGUGAGAAGAACAUUUAUUUAUAAUUAAAAUGAGCCAAUUUUGAUUAAAUAACUACGAUGUACUUUGUUUUGAUGAUUAUAAUUUUGUUAAGUUUAAUUCGCUGAACUUAGUGGAUUUUGUUAUUUUUUUUUAAUUUAUAUAAAUGUACAUUUAUUACAUUUUUUUAAUACUUAUUAAAUAACAGUACUAUCUUUUGGCCAAUAAAUCAUAAUAAUUCCAUUAACGCUGAAGAAUUAAUUAAAUUUAAAUACAUUUUUAGUAAAAUUUAAAAUUAUAAGCAUCAAUUUGAAAUAAAUAAAAAUUAACUAAAGAAAGAGAAAAUGUUAAAUAAUAUUAUUUUUGAAUUCUUAAUGUCAUUAUUAAUCUAAUCAAAAUUUUUAAUAUAAUUCUCUUUAAAUUACUUAAAGUAGGCUUGUAGACAGGCGUGCACCACGAGUUUUUGUUUGGGGGGGGGGGGGCUUAGUAAUUUUUCUUUUACAUUACACACAAGUAAACCUUAUCGCGUUAUAUUUAACUAUUAUGUAUAUAUGUAUGUGUAUCUAACAUAUUAAUAAAAUUUGAAAAUAAAACAUUAUCAUUUAUCAUUGACCAUUGUUAUACUAUAUGUGCUAUAAUAAUGUGUAAUUUAAUGAAAAAAUAUUUUUUGAGGGGGAGGCUUAAGUCUCAAGCCCCCCUUGGGUGCCCCAUUGCUUGUAGAUAUGAUUAUUUGUUUAAUUCCAUUCAAACAAAAAACAUUUGUUAAAUUGUUAUUGUUUGGAUUUUAAUUUUUUAAUUUUACUCAAACCAGAUAUCUCGAUUAUCGAAAAUGUAAUUUAAUAUUUUUUUAUUAAUUUUUUAAAUUAAAUUAAAUAUUUAAAACAACAACAAGUUAACUUUUUAAGUAUAAUUUUGUAAUUUAAAAAAAUAUAUGUUCUUAUGUUAUAUUUUAAGUAUAUAAUUUAUAUAUUUUUUUUUUAAUGUUAAUGAACAAUAAGUUCUGAACAUCAAAUAAUUAUCCAACUAAUUGUGAUAAAAUUUUAUACAUAUUAUAUUAUUAAAUUAGUUGUAGAAUAAUAUGCAAAUAAAUAAUCGUUAAAUGUUUAAUGGUAAUUUAGUAUGACAUUCAAAAAUUUAAGUAGUAGUACCGGCAGCUCUAUGAAAUUUCUGUUUUAAAUUUUUAGAGAUUCAAAAACUUAGUGGAAAAAAGUUGUUCGUGGUUUUGAUGAUUUUUGAAUAAACGAAAAAGGUGUACCGAGACAAUAUUAUAAAAUCAUAAUAAGUGUUGUAAUGUAAGCGUCCUGUAUUAUUCUUCUAACAUAGUAACAUCUACCAGUUAAUUAAAUUAAUUUGCAGAUAAAUGGGUAUUAGUUUAGUAUGUGAUCGACCGAGCGAAAAUCGAGUUUAUUAUGUGACCUACCAAAACAAUAAUCUAUAUUAUAGGUACGGAAAAUCUAUGCUUGCUUACUUCUAUUAUAUACACUGAUUCUACUGUCAGUCUAUAGAUAUUUUAAACCUAACCUAACUUAAUUACAAUAAGUGUAUUGCCAAAAAUAAAUUAUAAUAAAAUAAUUUUUUAACAUUUUUUUUUACUGAAGUUUCAAAAGUAAUUCGUUAUCUGUAAUAAUAAAAUAACCUACAUUUUACUAGAUUUUUAAUUUGACUGUUUUUAAAUUAAUCAUCGGUCUUGUAAGUCACGCAUAAUAUACAAAUUCCCGAUACGGUGGGAAACGUGUCCGGUAGGUCACAUACUAAACGAAUACCGAUAAAUGUAUUAAGUAUAGGUCUCAUUUUUAAUCCGUUGUGAACCGGAUGAAAUAACUGUGUUUCGAAUAUGAUGCGUACCAAUAAUGUUUUUUAUGCGUUACUAAAUGUAGUUAUUAUUAUUAAUUAAAUCGUAUCAAGACGAUUUAUUUAUGUAAAUUAUGGGUUAUUUAAUUUAUUAAUAUUAUAUACUAUCGAAUGGCAUGUCUAUUAAAAUUACAAUGAUAUAUUGUGUAUAGCAGGUCCGGAUUUAUAUGUAAUACUUGAUUCGACAAUUCUGAUUAUAAAUCUGUAUGUUUCAUAAUUACAUAUUCAAAUGUUAACAUUAAUUACGGCGUUCUUUUACUAUUCGAGUAAAAAUAACAUAUUGAUUGUAUUUCUGCAUAAUAAAUAAAAUUUUGCAUGUACGCUAAAAAAACAAAUGUUUCAAAAUAUUAAAAAAAAAAUUAUAAAAUACAAGGACAUGAUAUUUAUUGAGUAAUAAUCGUUGAAGUUUCCAAUUAGAACAUUUACUCUGACCUAUUUUAUAACUUUUCUUUGAAAUGAUAAAUUACCUUAUCAUAAACUUUAUAAUAUGCCUUUUAUGGUGACCAUUGGUUUAGAAAAAAUAAUAAAUGUUUUACAUUUCACAGAAAAUUUUUGAAUUUUAUGUAAAUUCGAUAUAACAAUAUUUUACGGUUUUCAAUUAAAUAGAUUUUGCAAUUACUAAUACACUCCGAAUAGGUUAAGAUUUUGGUUAUGCAUAGCUUACUGUGGGUGGGCCAAGUUAGUAAAAUUGCUUCAUUAAGCUAUCCGUUUUUGUAAAGAAUUUAAUUAAUGAUUAUUUUUCAGCUGCGCGCCGUAAUUUGUGCGUGAAAAAAAUCUUUAAAUAAUCGUCAUAUUGAUAACAGUAUAGUAUAGGUGCGCGUAUACCUACAUCAUGCGCGCCAUAUUAUUAUUUUAUUAUAUUGUAGUUUUUAUGGAUCGGAAAAAUAAAUAAAUAUACCUAUUGCCGGAGACGUUAUUUCGCGCGUUAUAAAAUGACGUUGGAACUGUUGUGGUAAGUUAAAAGAACAAAAAAAUUAUUCGUUGCAGUCAUCGAACCUGCUCAUCCAGCGUCGUAUUCGGUGUUGUCUUAAAAUGUGAUGGUAGAAUUAUUUAUAUAUGUACCCAAAGUAUAUAAAUAAUAUCUUUUCAAUCUGUAAGAUUUUUAUAUUAAUUUUUUUAGAUGAAAUAUUGAAGUAUGUAUAAUCUGAAUGAUUACAUUUUUUAUUUACGUGAAAAAUGCUGUUAGUAUCUUAAUACGAAUAUUAAUUAUUAAAUGAUAAAAAAGUAUAUCUUUUCUUAGUGUAAUUAAUUUCAAAAAAAUUUGUUUUUAUUGUUUUUCAAUUCAAAUCUUAGUCUUGUAAACCACUAGUCAAGAAUGUGUAAACAUAUAUUUUGUGUACUACACUGUAUAAAUGUUCUUUUAUAACGAGUAAUUAAUGUAAUGAAUUUAUUUUGUGUGCAAUAAAUAUUAAACACAUUAAAAAGUUAGUUGUAGUCACGAUAAAGGGAGAGGGUUGGAACAUGUAAAUUGAUGAUAUUGACCAUGAAAUGUCAAAAUAUUCCGAAUACUUAAUGAUAGUGUUCUAAGAUAAUAUUAUAUUACAUGGUUCUUUAUUCUGGGCGUAGGUACGUAUGGGUUCAUUACGAUGUGGCUGGGACUCAAAUCUUGUGUGAUAUAAUAUUGUAGUCUUAAUUAUAUUAUUGCAAGUACAUGAUAUUUGCAAUUUGUGUGAUUUAUAAAAAUGUGUUCACGUAUAGUAUACUGAUCUACAUUUUGGCAAACCUGGAGAAUACGUCCCUCGCGUAUUUCUCAAUUCUAUAACGAAAUUAGUUAUUGCAAAAUUCAGUAAAGGAUGAUUGUGUCUAAAUGUAUACAUUUAUAUUAUUUACAUUUUAGUAUUACUCAGUUGCGGGUUUUUUUUUUUAAAUUCUAUGGGUCUAAAAAAUUAUUUAAAGACAUAAUAAUUUUGAAAAUCCCGAUUUUUAUCAUUAUAAAAAAUACUUUUUAUAUUUCAUAGAUACAUUUUAAUUUUAAUUACUUACAAGUCAGUAAAUAGUUACCUAACUAGGUAAUGAUUUUAUUUUAAAUUUUUGUAGUAGGAAUUUACUUUACUAAACGUGUAAGUUGAUAUAACUAUUAAAAAUGAAUAAAAAAUGUUUUAAUUUAAGUACCAGGUUAUGUAUUUAAAAAAUAAUUUUCUUUUUAUAAACACUAUAAUAAUUUAUAUUAAUAUUACUUGUAUCAUGUUUUCAAUUAGAUUGCUUGUAAAUUAUUUGAUCAACAGUUAUUACCUAAUAAUUUACGUUUCUAAGUGGUGGAUGUACACUUGCAGUCUCAUGUUAAGCGGUUGGUUCUUUUUUUUAGUCCAUUACGCAGGUCCUCGCUAGACUCCGUUAUAUAAUAACUUUAUAAUGAUUGAUUUAUACACUUGAGCGUGGACAUAUCGAUAAAAUAUUACCAAUAUUAUAAUAUUUACAAUUAUGAUCCAACCUAGUCUUUAUGGACUAUUUCAUAUAGGUUGUCCAAUUGUAUAUAAAUAUACGUUACUUAGGGUAGUUACUAUACAUUAUCAAAAAUAUUUUUAAUUUAUACAUAAAAUAUAAUGUGGUGUAGGACAAAGCUAAAUAAAGUAAAUACAUUUUUUUGUUUUAUUUUUGUUAAUUACCAAUAAUUUGGUUUGUCAGUAUAAUAUCGUUCUAUACACAGGUAUACUUCAUAUUGUAUAAAUAUUUUUUAUUAAUGAAUUUAUUUGACAAGGGCGUGGAAUUAGAUGUGGGGUUUUGAUCUCCAAAUGGAAAGUACAACAUUGUAUACAUUUGUUUAGUAUGCAUAGCCUAGUGUAAUACAACAAAGUUCUUUAAAUGUAUAUAUUAUAUUAUAAUUUUAUGUAGUUGCAAUUUUUGUAACCCAACGAAAAUUCUUCAUUUUCGUUACAAUUUAUCACCGCACAAACAUAACUUCUUACGCCUCUGGGUAUUUAUUAGUAGUUUUUUUGUCAGAUGAGCUCACUAUCAAAUAAGAUAAAAACUUUUAAAAACGUUUCGAGAAUUACAGAGAUAAUACUGAGAUUUUUAGAUUUGUAUUGUGUUAGUGUUAUUAUUCUGGUGUAUGGCCGUGUUUUAUCUGUAGCUACCGUCAGUUGAAGUUGCAAGUAUCAUAAUAUGUCCCUAAGUAUAUAUGUAUUCAAAAAAGCACUUGAACAACAAUGUAGAAAAUCUAAACAUAAGAUUUAUAAUAUUUUACCCUUUUUUAAUCAGCUCGUUUUGAAUUCUUUUUUGGAAAUGAAUUUGCACUAGCAAUAAUAAUAUUAAUGGUUUCACGGUACAAUUCAGUGCGCGUUUCGCACAUUUGUGAUUUAAAUUCAUCAGACUGUUCGUGGAUUAAGGUUUUGACUUGACCGUGGUUUUGACCUAUAAAUUGAGUCACGCAACACGAUUUACUGCCGUAUUGUACAUAAUAUAUUACGUAUAUAAAAAACCACCCUCUCCCUGCAAAUGCAUUGUAAUGUUGUAGGUCAUCUCCGUCGUGUUAUGUACUUAUCUUGAAUUUUAAAGAUCUUAUUAAAUAAAUAUGUUUUCCAUUAUAUACAGUGGCGUAUUUAAGAGACAAGAGGAACAAGAAUGGAUCCUCCAUCUCGUUGGGUCUUAGGUUUUUUUUUUAAUUUUAAAUUAAACAAAGUAAAGAAUAGAUAUUACUGUUAAAAAGUUUAGGAAGUUAAUAAUUAUAGAAGAUUUUAGAUACGCCACUAAUAUCCAAAUUUUUAAAUAUUUUACACUCCCUUCCCACGAUGACGUGCGCUUACGCGUGUCAAUAUAUUUUGUCUAAGCGUUAAUAUGAAAUUUAUUAACAUGUGUAUUGGUUUGUUUUACAUUUAAUUUUCAGAUUCAACUCUGUUUGGCGUUUGGUUAACAGCAUCAUUUCACUGAAGAAAUCAACUGGAUUAACGCAUUAUUGUUAUUGCGGAAUUAUGGAAUAAAUCUGUUUCACCCAUGUGUGUGUGUGUGUGUACGCAUAUUACAUAUCAUAGAGUGGCCACACGCGCAUAGUUCUACGUCGCAUUACUGUAACAGUAACGGUGAGCUAUCUAAAUUGAUGGGGUUGAUACGUCAUAUAUUGUUUGGGUUCAGACCAACAAUGGACCGUUUGCAGAGGAUGUUGAUUAGCGAGAAAACGAAGAAAAAAUGUUUUACGACAACGUAUAUCAAUUGAAGACUUUCAAUAAAGUAAACAUUUCUUAACAUAA